CCGAGCCAGAGACCAAGAGUUCUACCGCCUUUAGUUAAGGCCUUCCUGACUCCUGGAUGCUGGCGCAUGCCAGUGACGUCAGGCGGAUUCCCCGGCGUCUGAUUGGCUUGCUGACGGACGCCUCAGCGUCGAGGAGGCCGUCUCCCCAACUUGGGGACGUCAGGCUGAAGGAGACUGUGAAACUCUGCAAGGCCACGAACGUGGGGAGAGAGGAGACCUAGGAAGGAGCUUGGCGGCCAGCGUGGGCUCCGGGGAGUGAGUGCGGAGUGGCUGUUCUCAGGCCCCGGGCUAGUGGGGGUUCUGGGCGGGAGCUCAGAGCAGAGCCUAAGAAUCCAACACCACCCCCGCCCCCCCACCCCGCCCCAGUCCCCUCGCCAAGGCAGCCACGCCACCCGGGAAGGUGUGGGACAUGAGCGCCAUCGCCCCGCAGCGGCCCGCAGCUGGACAUCCCCGAGCAGGCUGGCCCAGGAAGCUCAAGACAGCCGCCAUGAGAUUCUGGGCCACCUGCCCUUCCUCGUCCACCCUCUCCUUCCUCUUUGUCAUCUUUGCGGUGUCCACUGUUUUCCAUUGCCACCGGCGCCUGGCCCUGGUGCCCACCCCUUGGGCCUAUGCAGGUCGCGUGGUCUUGUUCCCCAGACACCUGCAUGGGGGCGUGUUCACCAUCAACGCCAUAGGCCGCCUGGGGAACCAGAUGGGGGAGUACGCCACCCUGUACGCCCUGGCCAAGAUGAACGGGCGCGCCGCCUUCAUCCCGCCCCAGAUGCACAGCACGCUGGCCCCCAUCUUCCGAAUCACCCUCCCGGUCCUGCACGACGCCACGGCCAGGAGCAUCCCCUGGGAGAACUAUUAUCUGAGGGACUGGAUGGAGGAGCAGUACCGCCACAUCCCCGGGGAGUACGUGCGCCUCACCGGCUACCCCUGCUCCUGGACCUUCUACCACCACCUCCGCGCCGAGAUCCUCCAGGAGUUCACCCUGCACGCCCACGUGCGUGAGGAGGCCCAGAACUUCCUGCGGGGUCUGCGGGUGAACGGCAGCCGGCCGAGCACCUACGUGGGGGUCCACGUGCGCCGAGGGGACUACGUCCACGUCAUGCCCAACGUGUGGAAGGGCGUGGUGGCCGACCGGCGAUACCUAGAGCAGGCCCUGGACUGGUUCCGCGCUCGCCACCGCAGCCCGCUCUUCGUGAUUACCAGCGACGACAUGGCCUGGUGCCGGAGGAACAUCAACAGCUCCCACCAGGACGUGGUGUUUGCAGGCAACGGCCGGCAGGGCUCGCCGGCCAGGGACUUUGCGCUCCUCACGCAGUGUAACCAUACCGUCAUCACCGUGGGCACCUUCGGCAUCUGGGCCGCCUACCUCACCGGGGGGAACACCGUCUACCUGGCCAACUUCACCCUGCCCGGCUCCCGAUUCCACAUGGUCUUUAAGCCCCAGGCGGCCUUCCUGCCCGAGUGGGUGGGCAUCGCAGCCAACCUGGGGCAGGCCAGAGGGAGCCACCCCUAGCCCCACUUGGGUCCCUGCCGCCCCAUCGGGCCCAACAGGCUUAGACUCCCGAGUCUAAAUCCAGGCUGUUCAGCUUCCCAACUGGGUGACCAUGGACAAGUGACUUAAUCUCUCUGUGCCUUAGUGUUCUACCUGAGAAAUGAACCUAACGCAGGCUCCUUCUGAGAACAGGAGUUCAUGUAGUUCCUUGGAAACAGGUGUGAGGGUUGGCCACUUACAAGUUUGUGAUUGGCAGGCCUGGACCAUUGGACUGCCUUGCAGUGGACACGUAUUUUUGCCCUCUCCUUCUUUAUAGCUCCAGGAGUGUGGAGCCCAAAUAUUUGGUGCUUGCCUCCUUGGAGGGUUUGGCAAUGAAACUCUUCCUGCCCUCAGUUGGGGUGUUUGAGGCAGCUAAAGAAUUCAGGCUUUGGGUUUGAUGGGGCCUUAUUUCAUGGAAGAAUGGGAAAGAAAAUAGGAUUUGAGAGGGUAGAUCUCGGGGAGAUAACCUUGGCAAGGAGGGGGAGUCCCGAGAAGUGAGGAUGGGGCAUCGGAGGGCCUCCCAGAGAUGGCAGGACUCAACCCCAGGCCUGGCCGGCAGCGGCAAAGACGCCCCAAGUCCGUAGGUCAUGGAAUCAGCAGGUUGGCCACGGAGGGGCGGGGCCAUGGACUGUGCCAUGGUCACGUCCACCGUGUGGGCAGGCGACUGACACCGUGGCAAUGCCCGUGCCCGCAGGACCUCGUGUGGAACCCUAAUGUGGACUUAAGUUGGAUUAAGUGAUUACAAUACUGAUUUUCAUGUGUUUGGUGUAAAGUAUGGAGAUAACCAAUAUGUUUACUCCUUUUUGGAUA